GCUGUGAACGCCAUGUUUAUUUUUGUUCUCCCAUGGUUCAUCGCCCCGUCUGCUAUUUCAUGCUUUCCCUGACAUGACUACGUGACAUUAGUUAUCAGAAACCUCAUAUACUGUAACAUCCAACUUUUUGAAGGAAACAAUGACAGAAGGUAACAUUUUUUCUCGCGAAACAGCUCGAGCUGCAUUGAACUGCAUUUUGAAAGCCAUUGACCAAUCUGAGAAUGCAUCAAAAAUCAAGGAAGCUAGAGACAAUGCUGGGAAUGACAUGAUAAAACGGAUGCAGUUUGUUUUCCCCAUUGUUAUGAUGCUUCAAAUGGAUGUCAUAAAAGAGUAUGGAUUUUCCGAAGGAAGGCAUGGUAUUAUCCAGUUUGGACAGCUUGUUCGAGCCUUAGAGCGAGAGGAUGCUGAAAUAGCUUUACUGCACAGUAAAGUAAGAUCUCACUUUCUCCCUGAUAUACCCUCAAGCUCGGGAGCAUCUUUAUGACUUAUGGCCUUGUUUUUAUCAUCUCCGUAACUUUUGCAUUUAUCAAUGUAUUAAUUCUGUAAUUUAAGUGGAAUACCUUUUCAAAUCCAAACUACUUUGAAAGCCAUUUUAAUUUAUAUUUCGUAGUUCACCUAAUGUUGGAUAAUUUUAAUAUUAGAAUUAUAGAUCAGUAUUAAGUAAAGCCUGCAGUUUAACAACGUUUUUUUUUCUGACGGUAACUUUAUUCAGUGCUACAUUGUUUGAGAAAUAAUUUGCAACAAAUAAAACUUUGGGACAAAAA